CCCGUUUCUCUGUCUGUGUGUCCUGCUCCUCACUGUGUGGUGCCGCUGCCCUGGCUGGGUGCUCCUCCCGUGGGGGCGUUGCCCGUCUGCUCAGGCAUGGACUGGAGCUGGCUGACCAGGGCCUCAGGCACGUUGCCCUGCAGGUUGAGGGCAGCGGGGUCGAACGGCUGACCUGCAAUGCAACACCGACCAGUCACAUAAUGAAGAAAUGAUCAGCUAGCUGUUCGUGUGCAUGUGUGCCUGUGUGUGAGUGUGUGUGGCUGUACCUUUGAAUGGCGAGCCCUCUGCGUCCCAUGCGUCCUUGAGCAGGUUGGCCGUCUUGAUCUGGUCGGACGUUGGCAGACCCUGGGCCUUCUGGUUCUGGUCGAACACUAUCUUGCUGCACACACACACACACGGAACGGGACAGUAUCACAUCAACACACAACCGAUCGAUAAGCGCCUGUCUGCCUGUCUGUGUGUCUGUCGCGCUCUCUCUGCCCUUACCGAAUCGCACCCUGAGUUUCGUCAUCGAAGUCCUCUGACAAUCCAUCAGACAACCAAACAGAGAAUGACAGACCCAUGGUUCCGUUGCCUUCUCUCAGCUUACCGAUCCUCUUGGAGGACUCAACUUUGGUGGGGUCGAUCUCAGGGUCGCCCUGCACAACACCAACACGUUCACACAAUCGUGAUGGUCGGUUGAUUGGCUGGCUGGCUGGUCAAGGGGCUUUCCGUGUCUGUGUCGGCUCCCGACUCACCUCGAUAACGCAUUUCCACCAGGUCUCCUUGGUCUUGAAGAGCGUCACCACAACGCGCUCGCCGUCCUCCAGGCUGCACACACCCACAGCAAGGAGCGACACAGUGAGGGUUCCGCUGGCAUGCAUGCGGAUGGUGGGAUUGUCGUGCGUGUGGUCACCUCCACGUCGAGUCCUCCUUGAGGAUUUUGUCGUACAGAGUGCCCUCCACUAUCACCUCACCGCGACACGACACCUGACGUACACACACACACACACACACACACCCCGACCGUAAGCCUCACUGGUUGUCUCCGUUGUCGUCCCUCCCUCCUCCUUUCAGGCCUACCUUGAGGGUCUGGCCGCCGAUGUCCACAGUAAUGUCCUUUGCGUGGCACCUGGAGACGGGCACCUCCACCGUCACCUCGGUGAAGGUCUGCGACCAGCGGUACCUGCCCGUCUCCCCCCCAUUCCACGUCGAGAUGUGCUUGGCCUCCUCGGGCGUCUCGUGCGUCUCCGCAGCCCUCGACGAGGUGUUCUCGGGUGUGGUGUCCUCGGGCAUGGCCUGCGGGUUGCCGUUGCGCAGCUCCAGGGGACGGUCCAUCUCGGCGGUGGGGAUGGGCGAGGAGGGACCACUGUCCACCCGUGCCGAGGUGGUCACGGGAGUCAGCAGUGAUGGGUUGACGGGGGCCAGUUCGUACUUUUUGUUGUUGUUGCCGCCGCCGUUCUUGUGGUUGGGAGAAGGCAGCUUGUCCUGACCGACACAGGUGAAGGGUGAAGCGCCAGAGAGAAGAGACGGCGUGCAUCGCAUCCAGAGGCAUGUGUGGCGUGCCCCCGUCAGCUGUAUACGUACGUACCGACAGUUGCCUGAGCUUGGCGGGCAGGCUCGGCUGCACACGGGAGAUGUACUGGCGCUGGUACUUCUGGAAGGUGUCCUUGAGCAUCUCCUCGGCUCGUCCGGGCACGAAGCCCAUCUUCUCGCCCCUCUCGGUCAUGAUGUGGAAGAAGUCCGUGCGACGCUCCAGGAAACCUGAGAGGUGAGAAGGUGAGAAACCAAGGGGAGAGAGGGAGCAUGCACCAGCUGACACAGUGUGUCACUGGGUGGUGUCCGCUGACUGAAGAAGGUCUCCAGGAGAGGCUCGAUGCCCUCGUGAUGACGCGCCAACCCCAGCAGCACAUCGUCGUAGCGGUCGGACAUCCUGGAGGCUGGAUCUCCUCGCGGAACAAGGUCGGCAGAUCAAGACGACGGGGAGGAAGAUGAAGACGACAAGGUGGCCUCACGCCCCUGUAAGCGA